CAUUAACAAGUACUGCCUUAGACCUCUUUUAGAUGCUCUGCUCCUUUUUCUAUCUUUCAUGACCUCCAGCUCCAAAAACCCCCCACAAACUCUUCCCUGAAAAAAAGAAGGUAGUAUGAGUGCACUCAAACCUUUUGAGGGCUAUUAUCAAUCAGCAUUCCUACCCAAGUAUUCAAAUCAUCAAAACCUCAUAAAACCACAAACAAGACUUGCACCAGGCAAGUUUGCUCAAAAAAGAAAGCUUGCUAUGAGAGCAUCUAAUGGUGAAGGAGAAAAAAGGACUCAAAGGCAGAGUUUCUUGACUCUUGAAGAAGCUGGUCUUGUCGAAAUCUCCGGUCUAAGCACCCAUGAGCGAUUCCUAUGUCGAUUAACAAUAUCGUCUCUGAAUCUACUGAGAGUGAUAUCAGAGCAGGAAGGGUGUCCAAUGGAGGAGCUGAAUGCGGGGAGGAUAUGUGAUUGGUUUAUGAAGGACAAGCUCAAGAGAGAGCAGAACUUGGAGUCUGCAGUCCUUCAAUGGGAUGAUUCUGAUUUCCAGAUUUGAGCUCUUUUAUUUUAUUAUUAUUAUUAUUAUUUUUUUUGGGUGGGUAUUAAAUUGACAACUUGGUGGAUGAUACUGGAUUUUUGACCCUUAUCACUGUAAGUUUGUCCCACUUCGUGUGAAGCCUUGAAAUCAUUUGGCCCUUAUAAUGUCUGGACAUUGGAAGCACUUCUUAAGCAAUAACCACUUAAACAGUGUUUGUCCUACGUAACAAAGGACUUUCAACAAUGUUAGCUUAUUAAUUGAAGGACUAUUUCUUUUUGUGAACUA